AUGGCGGAUCCCAGCCCGAACUCGCCAGCUGUGGCAUUUUCAAAAACGGUCCAAGAUUGCCAACGUCGAAAUGGAUUUGCUCGCAGUGCCUCUCGUCGAGCACUACUGUACAUCGAGUGCUGUGAGGAGCUGGUACGCGGUGAACAUUACGAGCAGUGCUCUGAGAACCACCGCAAAUGGAUGAGCAUGCGACUAGCGCUUGCAGCCACCGAACUCAGCUUUACUGGGUCGAAUCAGUGCUGUGGCGCUUGUCAUAUCCAUCUGGCUGGUGUGGCAAUGGUGUGCGACCAGGAGAUGAACGUGGGUUCACGCCGUGAACCCACGUUCGUGAACUUCACGGUGAUCCACCCCGCUGAUAUGUCGUAA